AUGGUUCGACGCCGUAUGUUGCGGGCUGGGCAUGUGACACGCAUACAACUGACCAUUCCGAUGACCACCACGACGGAUUCCGUUGACCCGCAGACCUCAGAGAGCAAUGGGGACGUGGACGUCACUCGUGUGCUCAGUGGAAGAAGCUUAGUAUGGCCAAAUGCAAGGUGUGGAAGAUACUUGUCUCAAGAAAGUAACAUUGAAAAGCACAAACCAAAGACAGGGAUACUUUUACUCAACAUGGGAGGACCUCAAACUGUUAAUGAUGUUCCAGAUUAUUUGCUUAGAAUUAUGACUGACAGAAAUUUAAUUCAGUUGCCAAUGCAAAGAUUUUUGGGACCAUACAUUGCCAAAAAACGUACUGCUGAAGUACAAAAGAAAUAUGAGGAAAUUGGUGGUGGCUCUCCUAUCUUGAAAUGGACUCAAAAACAGGGAAAUGGCUUGGUUGAAAGGCUGGACACUGCUUCACCCUCAACUGCUCCUCAUAAAUAUUAUGUUGCAUUUCGAUAUGCAAAUCCACUUACAGAUGAAACAAUGCAUCAAAUAGAAAAGCAAGUUGGAUGCUAGGACCAACUCGAUCAUUUGGUAGUAUUCUCGCAGUACCCUCAGUUCAGCUGUGCUACUAGUGGAUCAAGUUUUGAUGCAAUUUACCAUUACUUCAGGAAAAGACAGGUGCCUGCAAACAUGAAGUGGACUGUUAUUGACCGGUGGCCAACACAUUCUCUAUUAUGUCAGUGCAUUGCAGACAGAAUUAAAACAGAAUUAAAUUUUUUUCCUGUGGAAGAACAAAAAGAUGUAGUAUUGCUGUUUUCUGCCCAUUCACUGCCUUUGAAGGCCGUGAAGCGAGGAGAUUCAUAUCCCUAUGAAGUGGGAGCAACUGUACAAGCAGUGAUGGAAACAAUGAAAUAUUCCAAUCCUUAUGCCAUUACCUGGCAAUCAAAGGUAGGGCCAGUACCCUGGUUGGAACCUGCAACAGAGGAUGCAAUUAAAGGAUUCCACAAACGAGGAUUGAAGAAUUUCAUUUUGGUACCAAUUGCAUUUACCAAUGAACACAUUGAAACUCUCCAUGAACUGGACAUUGAAUAUGGCAAAGAUUUGGUGAAGGAGCUGGGUGGUAAGAUUACAAUUCGUCGUGCUGCAGCCCCAAAUGACCACAAACUCUUCCUGGACUGUUUAGCAGACAUUGUGGAAACUGCUGUGAAAGCUGAUGAACGAGUGACCAAUAAAUUUCUGAGUCGAUGUCCAAAGUGUACAAACCGUUCUUGCCAACCAUAUAAAAGUUUUUUUGCAAAAGUAUGUCAAAAAUGAUUGUACUAUCUUGUAAAGAAAUGAAUGGAUUACUUUUAUGCAUUCAUGAAAUAAUAAACAGUUUUAAAAAUGUAACAUUUAAUUCCACUAAACUUGAACAUAAUUGUAUAAUUAAAUAAUGCAAAGUAUACUCCUGAAAAAACGUGUAAUUAAAGCUAUUUAUUUUGAAAUAAUGCUCAAUCUGCCAAAAAAAUAUCAUAAAAAAUUAUCAGUAAAAACUAACUGGGGAAAAGGAAAAAAAAGUCAUAAGACGUCUUGUGCAGAAGUAAAUCUAUGAUAUUUUGUAGGUUUUAGUAUGUACUACUUCGGGAACAGGGAGAGUGAGACAAGAAUGUCAGAUAUCUUAAAAAAAAAA